AUGGUCCCGUGCGCCCAAGGUCGCGUCAUAGUGGAGACAGCGCGGCCAGCUUUACCGUACUUCGCCACGUGCACCAGCUACCGUCGCCAGGUGCCAAGUACCAGCACACCGAACGAGAUAGCUGCCAGUGUUUCCGGCACGUCGUCGAGCACCACACAAACGGACCAACAAUCGACCGGUUCUAGCAGCAACAGGGGCGCCAUCAGCAAGAACGCGUUGUUUUCGGCUCACAGUAUCGCGGCAAGGCCGGAAGACCUAGGUGUAAUACCCUGGCACUUCGAGGAUUACAUAACUAUCGAUUCCUCGCCGGGACUCGUAGGCGAUCGGAGCUCGUACCCCUCGUACCCGCGCAUGGACACGGAAAUGAAGCCUGACGCCACGUCCACGAGGAACAGCAGCAUCGAGAGUGAGCUACCACGACCGUCCACGGUAAGCGCCGCGCCCAGGAAAGCGUACAUGGAUCUGAGAGACGCCAUUGCCCUGCUGGACGAAACGUGUCCGAAUCAGGAGCCCAGCCCGUCCCUCACGCCGAGGACACCGAGGACGCCGUUGACGCCGCACCCGAGGAACAAGAGGGCGAGAUCGAAGAGCAGCGACAACUCGUCCAGCUACAGCAACGAACGGCUGAACGAUCGAUCGUUCGAGAAAGAGGGCAAAGAGAAGAAGCGACCGUUCCUGAAGAAGAUCGGCAUCUCGAAGACGGAGGACAAACCGUUUCUGGCGAAGCUGGCGCCUAAGAUUAUCGGCAAACCUUAUUUGGAGAAGAUAGGGCCUAGCAAAGCGGUGGAGAAGCCGUUCUUGGAUAAGAUUGGAUCGUCGAAAACGUUGGACAAGUUCACGUUCGAGACUCCGCGUUACGAGAGGAGGGUCGAAACGUGGAAUGAAACGUGUAUGGAAGAUACGGGAAAGGUUGAAGGAGAGGUAAAACCGGAGGAAAGGAGGGGUAUUCAGAAGAGUACGAGGUUGGAGCAUUCGUUUGAUAUUCAACGAAGAAAGUCUGGAAAGGGUCCUUUGUUGAAGAUGUAUUCUUUCGAGACCGAGGACUUAGACUCGACCGUUCAAGUGAAGGACAAUCGAGAUCCUCUUCGAGGCGCCUCUCUGGACGACGUUCUGGAUUCUGGGCCUAGCUCUUUGCCAUUGGAGACCACUGCGACGAACGAAUCACCGAAACCAGAAACGAAGGAACGAGUUAGCAACGGCGCUGAAUUGCUCAAGUGUCGCGUCACGACCAGCGAGGAGAUCAUCUUUACGAACACUAGCGUUGGUUCUGACAAGGAGCCUAAUAGUUGGGGAAAUUCGCCGAAGAAGAAAUGGCAAUUCAAGAGAGACUCGUCGACACCGAAAACGCCCGCGCAUCGGAAAGUGAUCCAAAGCUCUCAGAACAUUGAUCAGAGUCAAGAUAGUAUUCCCAAUUCGCCAAUGAAACGUCCUAUUUCAUCCGUUCUUACUGGUCAAGAUGAUUCACAGGCUGACUCCUCAGAGAAGAACAUUUAUUCUCCAUUGAAGACUAGAAGGCAGACGUACGAAGAUUUGUUAGACAGAAAUGGUAAAGUUCAAGAUGAAAAAGUAGGGAAACAAGCGCAGUUCGAGAGACGAGGCAUCUCCUCGGAUAAUCUUUUGUCCAAGGAUCGUUCCGUUACCUCCAUUGGGUAUCAAGAGAGUAAUCAGAUUGAGAAAGCCAGAGAAGCAUCGUCGGAAGACUAUCUGGCGCAUAAAAUUGGCCAAGAGUACUCGAGGGAAACGUUUAAACAACUUCAGGAUAAAUUUAGGUACCAUGAAAUACCCACUGAAACGUAUGCGGACUUCAAAAGACGCACGAGAGGUAGUGUUCAAAGUAUAAUUGGAAGGCAACAAGAACGAUUGAAGAUAAAUAACAUCGUGUCAGAUAUUCGUGACGAAAGUUGCAAAGACACUGCGUUGAAAACAGAGGAAGAAUCGGUAAGCUCGUCGACUCCCGUCAAGAUGGAAACGGAUUCGACUUCUGACGACAAGAACGAGAUAGUACGAGUCCAUACAGUCAGAUCGGUAUUGAAGAAACAGCAAGGUAUAGACCAGCCUAGUGAUCAAGAAUUGGAUACCAAUUCGUCUAUAAGACGACCAAAGAGAAGGAUUUUCCACGAACCGUCCCAGGAGACGAUGGACUUGUUGACCGAACUGAGAAAAGUGAAGAGUUUGUUGAAAACUCCAUCGUGGGAGAAGGAUCUCGAGCUGGACAAAAAACCGGUGCGACAGCCUAAGCGUAUUUUGUUAACCGAUAAGGAAUUCUGUUUGUCUGUUGAGCGGGAGAAUAGUAUUCGCCGUCCAUCAAAGGUAAUCAAUUCGCUGCAGAAAACGGAGGAAGGACAGUCGUAUGGGAAGCAAGAAGAUCAAGAGAAAGAGGAACAGAGAGAAGAGGAAAGUGACGAAUCUGAUAGGAAAAUUCCUGGACCGGCUCUGUUCGAAAAAAAGUGUUUAUCAUUGGACUAUGCCGAUGACGAGAAACCACAGAAAUCGGAGGCUAGAGCUAUUUCUUUGGCUUCGACCAGGAAUUUGCCUUCAGAGACCGAGGAAAUGAUCGAUUACUCGGACUUGACGUUGAUAUGCGACUCGAAAAGCUAUUCGUCGGACGUGUUCAACACCCCAACGGAUGAAAUAAACGAGAAGGAGCGCGACAACGGCUUGGAGAGAAACGUUCCGAAGGAGAUGAAUCAGAAUCACUGCGUCGAGAUCGAUAUCGCGAUUCCUAUCGAUCAGAGGGCGAGCAGUCCGAAGGAUAGGGUGCAAAUUCAAGGGAGGACUAGCGAUCUUUACGAGAUUAUAUCCCCCAGAUCAACGCCUUUCCGAGUGAAAAAGAGGCUCGGGAAGAUCUCUGUCGAGGAGACAGUCAAGCCGGAGAGUUUCACCCUAGGUUCUAAGGUCGACUGCCGAUCCACCGUUGCCCAGAAACGGACCAAGUGCUUCCCUUUAUAACGCACGCCGACCUGCCAGUGGGCGAAACGCUCUCUGACGACGUUCAGUGUUUGUCUUCACUCUGAAGGAAAUUUGAGGCGAGAAUAAUGGCAAAUCUGUCGAUCGCAUUUAACUCUCCUGAUAAGAUUGAUCGGUGCUCGAGAAUCGUGAAUUGGAACUGUAUGGGAUGGUCAGAAUCAGAGGGGUUAACACAAUUGGUCUGGUUUACUGCCACGCCUUUAUCCUCGCCCUCUAUUUCUGUCAGGGCGAAAUUGGCAACCAAUAUUCGCAGUUGUUCUUGGGGAUAAUUAUCUAAUUCAAUUUUGAUUUCUCUUUUAUUUAUCAACAAAACACAAGAUAAGAAGAUUAUGUUUCUUUAUCAAAUUUAAAAGAAAGGUUAUUUUUACUUUGUACAAAUUCGGAACGUUCGUUUUCUCCAAGAUCCGAGCAAUUUACCACUUUCCAACGUCAAGAGAAAUAAGGUUUCCUUCAGAUCGAUGGUUCACACUCACGCAGAUAAUAUUCUAAAACGCAUCCCGACCACUUUUUACGACGUUUCGCGAUAGGAAACGGUUCGAAGAAAGCUCGACAGAUCGAUGCGAAUUUUACCACACGGUGUAUUAUAUCCGAACAUCCGACAACGACGAAACGGGUCGCGCGCACACUUCUGCCUGUCGAGCAGUGCCUUGUUCGUGGAUAUAUUUAUUUAGACAAAAAGAGAAAAACCAAAAAAACGAAGAAAAUUAAGCGAAAGAAUUGCGAAAAAUCCUAUCGAAUGAUACUUAAGUAGAAAUGAAAAAAAGAAAAAAAAAACAAAAAAAAUAUAUAAUAUAUAUUCCGACUGCGGGCCGGAUUUUCUGAAUGGGUCCACGGAGUUGCGCUUUCAAUCACGCGAAUCACAAAUAUUCUUCGAUAGUUUUCCUCACAAAAACAAACUUUCGUCGAGCUUUCAAAAUCAACGACACAUAACUUAAAAAUCAGAAUGACACGGCAUUUUUACUCGUCUCACACUUCACUAUCCGCCAUAUUUAUGCGCAUGCGUUCUUGAACGUAUUAGCGUCACGUGAUCUUUUAAUCCUUUUUCAUGUUUCACACUAUUUUAUCAGGAAAAUCUCUUUGAUGGAGAAAUCUAUAUGAUCUAAUAAGGGAUAAUAAAAAUAAGGAACGAUCAUAAAAAGAGACUAAAAAAACUCGCGAGAGAGUGCAACUCCCACGCUUGCCAAGCCUAUUCCCUGUUCGGCGAAGCGCGUGACGUUUUAACGACACAAAAAAACGUAAUAUAAUAUAUCGAAGAAUAACAGAUUGUUACGUUCCUCUUAUAAUUUUUUAGAGGUAGAUAGGGUUGAUAAACACACUCAAUGGAAUAAUACGGAAAGUAAAGAAAUAUAAAUGUAGAUAUAUAAAUAUAUAUAUACAUAUACAGAUACAUGUAAGGAGAAAUGGUACUUAGAAUACUAUACUCCGAUGAAAUAUUUGUACGUAUUCUACUAUAUACAUAUAUGACUAUUAGAGAUUAAAGCGAGUUGGUAUAUAUGAUAUGAUAUGAUAUGAUAUAUAUAUAUAUAUAUAUUUAUACAUGCAUACGCGUAUACAUCAGGUGACAAGUAUACAAGCGUAUGUGUACCUAAAUAGAUGUACUUGUACGAAUCCUAUAGUUGACGAAAUGUGCCAAACAAAGAUACGAUUUAUUGUAUGUUAUGAAGUUACUUUUAUAUAUAUUUAUACAGAGAGUUUUUUUUCUGUAAAGUGUAUAACACCCCGGAUUGAAGAUUCUUAACAUAUUCUAAGUAGAGAAACUUUGUCAAUGUGUUACACCAUUUUGUCUAAUCAAUAUACAGGAUAAUCCAUAUUAUGAUCAUUUCAAAUAUUAUUGUUAUUAAUAGAAAAAAAAUUAUCAGAAUAAAAAUUUACAUAUUAUUUAAAAAUUAAUACAAUUGAUAUAGAUUAAGGU